AUGUCUCAGGAAAUAGCCAACACAACCAUCAUAAUGGAAUUCUUGCUCCUGGGAUUCCCUGAUAACUGGGUGUUGCAGAGACUAUAUAUAGUCCUCUUCUUCCUCAUUUACCUGACAGCACUGAUGGGAAACCUCCUCAUUGUCACCCUCACCACCACUGACCGGCACCUCCAAGUCCCCAUGUAUUUCUUCCUGAAGAAUUUGUCCUUAAUUGAUAUAUGCUAUAUUUCUGUCACUGUCCCCAAGUCCAUCAUGAACUCUUUGACCAACAAUCAUUCCAUCUCUUUAUCAGGAUGUGCCUUACAAGUUUUUCUUGUUAUUUUUUUCGCUGGCACAGAGUAUGCCCUCCUUAUAGUCAUGUCCUAUGACCGCUUUGCUGCCAUCUGCCAUCCUCUGCAGUAUGAAAUCAUUAUGAAUAGAGAUGCCUGUGUGCAGAUGGUUAUUGCAUCAUGGCUCAGUGGAUGUGUAUAUGGUUCCCUUCAUGUAGCAGGUACAUUCUCUGUCAGUUUCUGUGGGCCUCAUUAAGUUCAUCAGUUCUUCUGUGAUAUUCCAUCAUUACUUACACUUGCUUGUUCUGGGGAGCAUAUUUUAGAAUAUAUUUUUAUCAUUGCUAGCUGUUGUUUUACUUUUGUGUGUUUUAUUUUAAUGAUUGUUUCCUAUGUUCACAUUUUCUCAGCUGUCUUAAGCAUUCCAUCUACUCAAGGAAGGUUCAAAACUUUCUCUACAUGUAUUCCCCAUCUGACUGUGGUGAUCUUGUUUCUGUCUUCUGGAUUUAUUGCAUACUUAGGUUCAGUCUUCAAAUCCCUAUCAUCAAUGAACUUCUUUAUAUCUGUGUUUUAUUCUUUGUUACCGCCUACCUUGAAUCCUGUCAUUUACAGUCUGAGAAACAAGGACAUAAAGGUGGCCCUUGGUAAAAUGUUUGGUGGAAAAAUGGCUUCAAAAUGUAAAUGUCUUAAAUAUUAA